AGUCCGCCGGUAAUGGCGGGCGGCGGUGGCGGCGGCUCCGGGUGGAGGAGGCGGCGGCGGGCGGCGGCGUGGGCCGCGGGGCUGGGGCUGUGCGGGGCCGUGCUGGUGCUGGCGGCCGCCGUCCUGCUCCGCGCCCACCUCCGGCCCUCCCCGGCGCUCCCCCGGCUGUGGGCGCGGCGUGGAGGCAGCGGCCCCGCCGCCUUCAGCGCGGGCGAGCGGCUGGAGCUGAAGGAGGCGCUGCGAGGUGCUGUUAAAAUCCCAACUGUUUCUGUGUCUCCAGACGACUUAAAUGCAACCGCCAUGGCAGAGUUUGGGAGGUACAUUCAGGAAGUCUUCCCGGCGGUGUUUUCUUCAAAGUUCAUUCGACAUGAAAUCGUUGGGGAAUACAGCCAUCUCUUUACUGUGCAGGGUUCUAACCCUGAAAUGCUGCCUUACAUGCUGCUCGCACACAUGGAUGUUGUGCCUGCUCCCCCCGAGGGCUGGGAUUUCCCUCCAUUCUCAGCUGCAGAGCAUGAAGGUUUCAUCUAUGGACGAGGAACACUGGAUAACAAAAACUCUGCCAUAGGUAUUCUGCAAGCUCUAGAAUUUUUGCUGAGAAGAAAUUACAGACCCCGCAGAUCUUUCUAUGUUGGCAUUGGACAUGAUGAAGAGGUGUUUGGUCGGAAGGGAGCAAUGAAGAUUGCAGCUCUGUUGGAAGCUAGGGGAGUGAAACUUUCCUUCUUACUGGAUGAGGGGAGUGCCAUCCUAGAAGGCAUCAUUGCAGGAGUGAAGAAGCCAGUAGCUCUAAUUGCUAUCACUGAAAAGGGUUCAAUAACACUGAACUUCACUGUGGAUAAAGAGCCAGGACAUUCAUCGUUUCCUCCUAAGGAGACGAGUAUUGGCAUUCUUGCAGCAGCAAUGUCCAGACUGGAGCAAAAUCCUAUGCGCAAUCUGUUUGGCCAUGGGCCAGAACUCAUGACUAUGGAGCACCUUGCAUCAGAGUUCAAUUUUCCUCUCAACAUCGUCAUGAGCAAUCUAUGGCUGUUUUCACCUAUUGUCAGCAGAGUUCUUGCCUGGAAACCUUCCACCAAUGCCUUGAUUCGAACUACUACAGCAGUCACAAUGUUUAACGCAGGAAUCAAGCCAAAUGUCAUCCCAUCUUCUGCAAAAGCAACUGCGAACUUCCGGAUCCACUCUGCAGAGAAGGCCACUGAGGUGCUAGAGAUAGUUAGAAACACUGUUGCUGAUGACAGAGUGAAGAUUGAUGUAGUAGAGGCCUUUGACCCGCUUCCCAUCAGUCCGUGGGAUGACCAGACGUUUGGAGUCCAUGUUUUUCAAAGAACCAUUCUGGACACUUUCCCAAAUGUUGACAGUGUAGUUCCAGGCACGUGUAUCGGAAACACAGACAGCAGGCAUUUCACUAACGUCACAAAUGCCAUUUAUCGAUUUAACCCACUGAUCUUGCAGUCAGAUGAUCUUCCCAGGAUCCAUGGGUUGAAUGAGAGAAUCUCGGUUGAGAAUUACGAGAAACAGGUCGAGUUUCUCUUUCAGCUGAUUAAGAACUGUGAUAUUGACAAGCUUCCGGAGCCUCACGCAAACUCCCAUGAGCUGUGAGACAAAAGCCUGAGAGGAGCAGCUCCUGAGGUGGACUCUGGGAUGACAGAGGUCUGGGGCGUAAGCAGCAGUUGUGCGUUGCAUAUCGAGCAAUGUCAGGAAUGUGUUUUUACAUAUUGUGGUUGGCACACAGAUGGAAAAACUGCAGGUCGAUGCUUUAGCCAAAUGUACGGUUUGCUUUAAAGCCAUAAGAACACAGAUAAAACACAAGAAAUAACCCAGAUUUCUGUGCCUCCCUGAUCUUACAUGCAGCCGUUAAUCUGAAGGUAUUAAAUUUUUCAGCACUUUCUUUAAAUUUUAAGCCUGUGAAAUAGGUAGUCACUUAAAAAUCUAAGCUAUAAUUUGCAGUCACUUGUACAUCGUUAUAAGAAGCUAAUCUUCCUGUGUGUGCUUUUGACAAACUCCUCUUUUACGGUUAAUUGAUUUUCACAAAUGAUACGUCUGUCAGAAGCUCGUGUAAAAGGUACACGAAGGGGUGUAGGUUUGAUGUAACUGGGUAGAGUUGCACCAGGUUUGUUGUGCUGCUGAUGGGGUGGGCUUCUUCCCCAGGUGAUUCUCUCAACCAGGAUUUACAGUGUCAGAGUCGACUUGAUACUGUUCAUUUCUCCCAUGCAUGCACUGAUUUCUGACUGGAGCUUAAAAUACUGAGCUUCGGGAGUUCUAGCUGUGUUGCUUUACAAUAUGUUGCCCUGAUCUCAGAGGUGCUAAAAACUUUUCUUCCUGUCUUUUCUGUGACUUUUUUCCUCUCCCUCUCUGGUGAGACCCCCAGGGUGUGUUGGACAGCUGGCAGAGCAAGGAAUCGUGACUUUAAAAAAGAAACUAAAUCAGUCUUGUCUGCUCAUACGAAUUCUUUUUUCACUGAAUCAGUUUCUGUAGUGUACAUUUCUCUUUUCUUCCUCUGAGGACUUUGCUGGGAAGAGGGUGAAGCCCUUCAGUUUAUUCCUGUUUGGUGGGAGCAGAGUUUUCUCCAUUCUUCACGGCCUGCUCUAAAAGUUUUCACUUUGCCUGCCACUUCUAUUGACUCAGCUCUUUGGGAACCCUAAUGCCAACAUCAAUAGCCUGUCUACUCUGUUUUAUUUCAUCUUGCACUUCUUGCACUAGCACGCCCAUCUUUGUUAGCGUUAAAGGGUUAAGUAUUCUUUUGGUCUUGAUAGUGUCUUUAGGUAGAGUUAUUGAUAUUCAUUAAACAGUUAAGAACUAGAUGUUAGCCAAAGAAAAGACUGUGCGAAAACUGCUUUGUUGCACUGACAUGCAGGCUCUGUGCUAAGGAAGGAGGCAAACCUUGUCCUGUUGCACUGUUGCAGAGAUGUGUGUAUUUUUCAGUUAAACACUGGAAUGGGUGGUUAUUCUGCUUUCGAUUCAUACUGUAAAAUGUGCUGGAAUGUACGGGAAAUACCCUGAAAUGUAUCCUGAAAAACAGUGGUGGAACUGUGAUUCCUAUUAUUUCCAUUCACCAUUCUCUAUUUAUUUGCUGUCUGAUCUUAUCAGCGUGGCCAAUGGGCUGAAGUUGUAUCAAGCUACUAAAUAAUUGAAACCAGAUUGGCAUUUUUGUCUAAUAAAACAAGGAAUGCAGA